AUGCCCUGCCCCUUAUACAGGCGCAAGCCCUUGACCGAUAUCUUUACCAGUGAAUCUGACAUAAACCGCCGCACGUGCAGCCGCAAUGUGCCCAUGAGAGUCUUGAUCCUGGGCAUGGGCCGCACAGGCACCGCCUCCAUGCGCAUCGCGAUGAAGCAACUCGGCUAUCACGAUACUUACCACAUGAUGAGCUGCUCUAUCGAGAACCCUCCGGAUGCCCUUAUGUGGAUGGAGGCCUUGCGCGCCAAGUACGACGGCCAGGGAAAGCCCUUUGGUCCCAAGGAGUGGGAUCGACUUCUCGGCCACGCUCAGGCCGUUUGUGACUGGCCGAGCAUCGCCUUUGCAAAGGAGCUCAUUGAGGCCUACCCCGAGGCCAAAGUCAUCCUCACCAAUCGCAACGUCGAUUCGUGGCAUGCUUCCACCAUGAAGACAGUCUACUGGCGCGUGACCGACCCAGAGUUGCGCUGGCUCUCCCACUUCGACUGGGCGGCGAGCAUGUACUAUCCCAUGCUCAAGAAGUUCUUCGACACCUUCUUCGAGGGCGAUUUUCCUAGCCGGGGCAAGGAAAUCUUCCAGCGCCACUACGAUGAGGUCCGCGGCCUGGUAGUUCGAGACCACCUGCUCGAGUACGAUGUCGCACAAGGUUGGGAGCCUCUGUGCAAGUUUUUGGGCCACCCCGUCCCAGAGUUCUGCCCGUUCCCCCAUGUUAACGAUAGCUCGGACUUUCUAACGCGUUCACAACGUCGCAACCGCAACCAGAUGUAUAAUGUCGCUUUGCGCUACUUUUUAUGGCUGGUUAUGGCUACUAUGGCUAUCUUGGUCAUGUCCCGCCUCUCGAUUGUAUACUAG